AUGGUGUUGGCCUUCUAUUUCAUCUGGAGGUACUUCCCGUGGGUCCAGCAAUACCUCCGCUUUUUGGCUGUCAACUUGCCUCUUGCCAUCACCCGCAAUUGGCUCUACAUGCUAACAGUGGCCACGACAUUUACAAUCCUCCUCCCACUAUCAGGGAUAACAUACUAUCGGUUCUACCAAACAUUAAUUCCGCCACCUUCCCCACAGAUCCCGCUCAUAUUCAACACGAACGACGAAUGGUCUCACAGUGAACCGACCAUUUUGGGCGAGGAAUUGCGAAAUUACGAGUUCGAUCCACUUCUUCGCUACAGACUUAACAUCAACUUGAUGGUAGUAUGCCCAGAGUACAAUACGUACUACAAGACUCGGUAUUCAGUUGUAGAUGAUUCCAGCGAUAAAAAGAUCCACUCCAGUACAUUUUUCAUCGACUGCGAAAAAUCCUAUCUCUACAAUACCAACAACGACUAUAUACCAUACAACUUGCGGUUCUGGGUAUCACCAGUUCUCGUUAACUUGAACCGAAUGAUUCGGUUUUCUCUCAACAAAUACGUCCUCUCGGGGAGUGAGAUCCAAGAGAAACUUGCCCAAUUCAAAAUUCUCGUAGAAAAUCAUCUCAUUGUGCUAGAUGACGUAUCGUACGUUCAGAUUGAAACAGACUAUACUGGCUUCCGCUUCUAUCUCGUUAAGUACUUCUACACUUGUUUCUGUGUAGGUACUGUGAUAUUGUGGUGUAUCAGCGGGGCGAUCAGUAUGCUCACGAGUCUCUACGUCGUGUACAAGUAUUCUGAUGACGAGACUGAGCUUCCUUCAGAGUCUGAGACUGAGAGUGAUGAAGAGUUCAGAGAAACCACGAAUAGCAAUUCUGAUUCUAGGAACGGGACCAGACAUAGCAAUAGUGUUACUGGCUAA